AUGGAGCGGAAAGUGUCUGGGAACGGCUUGUGUGCGGCUACUUGCGAGGAGCGUCGGAAUCGCGAGUGUCGUCCGAUUAAACUGCGAUGGGUCCUCACCAAGGACGCUGUCUUGCACGUGCCGUCGGCAGGUGCUCCUCAAUCUCGUUGCCUCCUCGGGAAGAUUGUCGUAACGAGCUGUGUGCCGGAGAAUGGGGCCGUGACUGUGUUGAAGAAGACAAGAAUCAUCUUCGAGGGAGCAAGAGCCGGACCUCGCCUCUCCGACAGCUUGCUGAGAUCUCCCGGUCAGAGCGAGAACGAGGAGGCGAUUUCUUUCUCCUCCCCGGUCGUGUCAACUCCCGUACAAGAGCGAAGUGCGCAGAAGAGUGCGAUGAUGACUCGAGCUGAGGUCAAGAAGGCGAUAGCGGACGCGAGCAUCGACCUUCCUUUCUCACCGCACUCUCCUCUUGUAUCCCGCAGUCUGUCAGGACUGCAGCUCACAAGCAACACUGCAAAGGUUGAGCAUGAAUUCUUCGGUUCUCCACAGGUUGUGUCGCAGCUGCGAGACAUGUGCUCUAUGAUCUUCCAUCAGAGGGACAAGGUUGAGACCAUGGGGAUAAGACCGUCCUCGGGCAUUCUUGUGAUCGGAGCCAAGGGAACAGGAAAAUCUGUACUGGUCAAAUCUCUCUCGUUGGAAUUCGCUGCUCAGCUCUUCACCGUGAGCACCAAUGAGAUGCGCCGGGACAUUGACGUUCUCUGUCCUUCAAGGGCGCAGGGAAGGGACAAGGAAGCCCGGAAAAUGCUCCUCAUCGUCGGCAGCACGGGCAACCCAGACGCCAUCGACAUCGCGCUGAGACGACCUGGGCGAUUCGACAGCGAGGUCGCCUUGGAAGCACCUGACGUCCAGGAGCGACUUGUCCUGCUGGAGAAGUUCGUGGGUAGCAUGCAGUUACAUCCCUCGGUCUCGACACGAGAAUUAGCAAAGAUGACAGUCGGUUACGUCGGUGCAAAUUUGAAAUCCCUCUGCUCUCAAGCUGCUGGAAACUGUAUUCUUAGGCACGCAUCUGAGGGAGACAUUCAUACUGGAUCUCACGCUGUAAUGCAUUCUGAUUUCUUGGAUGCGAUGAGACAGAUUUCGAUACCUGUUCAUAGAGACUUUCAAAUUCAAGUCACGUCAACAGACGAGUCGCAGUCGAUGUCUUCUCUCGGGGGGAUGGAGGGGGUCAAAGAAGCCUUGAGGCGGGUUGAGUUCUGCGCUUCUUCUUCUCUUUCGUUUCCUAAAGUGGUUCGGUCCUUGGCUGGGCUGGUGGGUCUGGGGUUCGUCAAGGCUUCGGGAUCAGAGUUGUUUUCUGCGUAUCUGGGAGAAAGUGAAGCUAUCCUACGGCAACUCUUCCGACGUGCAAGGCGUAUGAAGCCGUGUAUCUUGUUCCUCGAUGAGAUCGACGCGAUCGUUGGCAAGAGGAGUCUGGAUGGCUCCGGGGAUGGUACUGAGGCGAACGGAGUGCAGCAGCGCGUCCUCUCGACGUUGCUGAACGAGAUGGACGGAGUUGACUCGAGCGGAGGAGUUGUCGUGGUCGGAGCCACCAACAGACUGGACAUGAUCGACGCUGCACUCCUUCGACCCGGGAGAUUUGACGUUGUGCUUGAGGUUCCUGUGCCUGACUCACAUGAACGACAAGAAAUCCUUGCAACAUGCUCCAGGAGGCUGCCAAUAUAUGUGGAUCUCAAGACGAUGAGCGACAAGACGGAAGGAUAUACAGGAGCGGAAAUCAAUCGCCUCGUGGUGGAGGCAGCGAUGGUCUGUCUGCGGGAGAACAUGGAGAACGAGCUUGUCUCGCACUCUCACUUCCUGGAAGCGCUGCGGCGAGUCCGUCCAGCCCUUCUCACCGGCGCGUUCGACUCCUACACGACAGCAGGGAGAGAGACAAUGAGAGGGAAAGGGCAAGAGGAGAGGGAAAGGGCAGGAGGGUUGUGA